UCCAUUUGGCGCAUCUCCUGGCUCUGGGACGCUGCGCGAGCUACACCUUUACUGGUCCCAACGACUCAACUGCUGUUACUCGGCCAGCGGGGUUCCAAGACAACGGAGCCAUGUUCUUUCUUUUGGUCCUUCUCACAGGAAUUCGUGGUCUGCAGGCAGGCCCCGAUCCUCAUAAAACAUUUGUGCAGACCACAAUUCCUGAAAAGAUUUCAUCUUCUGACACCGAAAAAGAUCCAGAAAACAAUGUUGCUUAUAUGAUUACAAUAAAAGGAAAACCAUAUUUUGUCUCUCUCACAAAGCAAUCAUUUUUAUCAUCAGUUUCUGUCGUUUAUUCUUAUGACCAAAACGACACCCAGAAGGCCCACCCUUUGUUAGAUCAGAUGGAUUGCAAUUACUAUGGAUACAUUGCAGGCUUUCCAAAUUCUGUUGUGUCACUCAGUACUUGUUCAGGACUCAGGGGAACGUUGCAGUUCAAAAACAUCUCAUAUGGAAUAGAACCUGUGGAGACCAUAUCGGAAUUCGUGCACAUGAUUUAUGAAGACAGAGGUUAUAACAUUAACCUUCCUCUCUUAAGAGACAAUGAUGUUUACAGUUAUAACAAUUCAGAGUACCACGACAGAAAAAAAUCAGAAAGAGUUGAAUUUUUCAAGUUAUUCCCUCAAUACCUGGAAAUGUAUAUUGUUGUGGAUAAAAAUCUGUUUGAUUACAUGGGCUCUGAUGUAAAGGUUGUAACACAGAAGGUUAUUCAGAUAAUUGGAUUUGUUAACACUAUGCUCUCUCAGUUAAAACUGACUGUUAUAAUAUCUGCCAUAGAAAUCUGGUCAAAUAAAAACAGAAUUUCUACUGUUGGAAAUCCUAAUCACAUAUUAUUCAGAUUUUUAGAUUGGAAAACCAAACAUGUCUUUCAGACUCAUCAUGUUGCAUACUUACUUGCCUUCAAGAAACAAUUGAGUUUUAUAGGAGCUAUACUUCCUGAAAAAGUAUGUAAUAAGGACCAUGUCGCAGGAGUUGCUCUGUAUCCGGAAGGUUCAUCUUUGGAGUUCUAUACUGUCAGCAUUGUGCAGAUGCUUGGCCUUAAUAUGGGACUGAGUUUUGACAACCCUGACACCUGCCACUGUUCAGGAGAUGUUUGUACAAUGUCACCAGAAGCAAUGCACUCUUGGGGUAUAAAGGAUUUUAGCACCUGUAGCUUGGAUGAUUUUAAAUACCUCGCCUCAAAUUCUGGCUUUGAUUGUCUUCAUAACAUCCUUCAUGUUACUCCAGUUUACAAACAAGUAAACUAUGUGUGUGGCAACGGGAGGUUGGAAGUGGGUGAAGAGUGUGACUGCGGCAAGGCAGCUGAUUGCACACAUAAAGCCUGCUGUGAUGCUGUAUCAUGUAGAUUGAAACCUGAGAAACAGUGUGGUUCUGGGGAAUGCUGCACAACAGAUUGCAAGUUGAAACCAGUUGGCACAGUUUGCAGGAAAUCAGUUGAUGAAGACUGUGACUUUACUGAAUAUUGCAAUGGAUAUAACUCACAUUGUGUGAGGAACACUUUUGCACGCGAUGGACUAAGUUGUAGUUCAGGUGAAGCCCACUGUUUUAAAGGAAAAUGUCGGACAUUUGAUAAACAGUGUAAAAGUUUAAUUGGAGGAGCUUCUAGAGGUGCUCCAUUUUAUUGUUAUGAAGAAAUAAAUUCAGCAGGAGAUAGAUUUGGAAACUGUGGCAAUCAGUAUUGUUCAUUUCCUAAUUUGCUGUGUGGAAAAUUAGUUUGUUCUUGGCCACAUAAAAAAUUAGUAUCGCGUGCAAAUUUAUCUGUGAUUUACACACACGUACGAGAGGAAACAUGUGUAUCUACAUAUCUACACACGGACAGGAUACUCAAAGAGACAUUAUCGACAUACAGUCAACCUGAAGAUAGAGAUGAAACAUUUGUAGAAGAUGGCACUACGUGUGGUCCUGGGAUGAUGUGUGUCAGAUUUAGGUGCCUAGAGAUUCAAUACAGGCUCAAUACAAGGGCAUGCCACAGUUCUAAACAUUGCGGUGGCCAUGGGAUCAAUGUCAGAAGAAAGCAGGGAUAA